AUGUCUCCCGCUCGUCGCGCUCUCAUCAGCAUCACUUCGGCCCAGGCCACGCUCUUCGAGGGCAAGGAGACCACAGGUCUCUUCAUCAGCGAAGCCCUCCAUCCCUUCAAGGUCCUCACCGCUGCCGGCUUCGAGGUCGACCUUGCCUCCGAGACCGGCAGCUACACGCCCGACUGGCUCUCGCAGCAGCCCGACUUUCUCCACGGCGAGGAUCUGGCCAUCUGGAACGACACCACCAGCGACUUCCGCAAGAAGCUCGACAACAUGCCCCGGGCCUCCGACCUCGACGGCUCGCAGUACGGAGUCUUCUAUGCCUCGGCAGGCCAUGCGGCCCUGAUCGACUACCCGACUGCGGCCGGCCUGCAGAAGAUUGCCUCCCAGGUCUGGGCCAACGGCGGCGUCGUCGCGUCCGUCUGCCACGGUCCCGCUAUCUUUGCCGGUGUCCUGGACCUUGCAACCAACGAGCCCCUUAUCAAGGGCAAGACCAUCACCGGCUUCACUACCGAGGCCGAGAUCACCAUGGGCAUCAUGUCUGAACUGAGAUCGUGGAAUACGCCGAUGGUGGAAGAGCUCGCUGAGAAGCUGGGCGCACAAUACAAGCGAGCUCCUGGCAUAUGGGAUGAUUUUCACGUUGUCGAUGGGCGCCUCGUCACGGGUCAAAACCCGGCGAGCGCAGAGUGUACCGCCCGGGCAGUGGUGGGAGUCUUCGACAAUCUGUGA